UGGGACAGCGGCGCGGUGAGAACGGGCAUCGCCCGCAUCAUCCCACACCCCUCCUACAACGCCGACACCGCCGACUACGACGUGGCUGUGCUGGAGCUGAAGAGACCCGUGAGCUUCACCAAGUACAUCCAGCCCGUGUGCCUGCCAGACGCUGGGCACCACUUCCCCACCAGCAAGAAGUGUCUCAUCUCUGGCUGGGGCUACCUCAAGGAGGAUUUCUUGGUGAAACCCGAGUUCCUGCAGAAAGCCACAGUGGAGCUGCUGGACCAGGCGCUGUGCUCCAGCCUCUACAGCCACGCCCUCACCGACAGGAUGCUCUGCGCCGGCUACCUGGAGGGGAAGAUCGACUCCUGCCAGGGUGACUCUGGUGGGCCCCUGGUUUGCCAAGAACCAUCUGGGAAGUUUUUCCUGGCGGGAAUCGUGAGCUGGGGAAUUGGAUGUGCUGAAGCCAGGAGGCCUGGGGUUUACACACGUGUUACCAAACUCAGAGACUGGAUCUUGGAUGCUAUUUCUGCCUUCCCCACCUCCAUGGACCAUCCUGUCCCUCUGUUGGACGCCAGUACUAACAGCAACGUGGUCAGCUCUGAAGAGCUCAACACCACCAGCAGUGGAGCCAUCCCCACCACGCCACCAGCCCCAGCUGCCAGCAGGCCAGUGACUGCAUCCAGUCCACAAGAGUGUGGAAGACGACCUGGGUUCUCUAAACCCAGCAAGAUCGUGGGAGGAACAGAUGCCUCCAGAGAAGAGAUCCCUUGGCAAGUCAGCCUGAAAGAGGACUCGGAGCAUUUCUGUGGAGCCACCAUCAUCGGGGACCGCUGGCUGCUGUCGGCAGCUCACUGCUUCAAUGAGACAAAUGCAGAAGAGAUUGAAGCCUAUGUGGGAACAACCUCACUCAAUGGAACCGAUGGGAAUGUGCUGAAAGUCAAUGUAACCAGAGUGAUCCAGCAUCCCCUCUUCAACCCUCUUGUUCUGGACUUUGAUGUGGCUGUGCUUGAGCUGGCCAGACCUCUUGUCUUCAACAAGUACAUCCAGCCCAUCUGUCUCCCACUCUCCGGGCAGAAGUUUCCUGUUGGCAAGAAAUGCCUCAUUUCGGGGUGGGGUAACCUGCAGGAAGGGAAUGUCACCAAGCCCGAGAUCCUGCAGAGAGCCUCUGUGGGCAUCAUAGACCAGGAGACCUGCAACUUCCUCUACAACUUCUCCCUCACUGACCGAAUGAUCUGCGCUGGCUUCCUGGAAGGGAAGGUGGACUCGUGCCAGGGGGAUUCAGGUGGACCCUUGGCCUGUGAGGUGACCCCAGGAGUGUUUUACCUGGCUGGCAUUGUGAGCUGGGGCAUUGGCUGUGCCCAGGCUAUGAAACCGGGUGUGUACUCCAGGAUUACCAAACUCAGAGACUGGAUCCUGGACACCAUCUCGCAGCAGCCCAGUCCCAGCACAGGCCCCCCACCAGCCAUGGCUAGAACCUCCCCUGCAGCCAUCCCCAGCCAGCAGCCCAGCACGGCAGGGGCAAGUCUGGGCGACAGGAUCACCCUGGGGCUGAACACCAGCACAGCCACGGGAGAAACCUCCACAGCCCUGCAAGCCACCGAGCCUGCGAGGCCCACGCACGCCCCAGUGGUGCCUUGUACCAGCCUCACCUUCAAGUGCUCCAGCCAGGUCUGCAUUGGGAAAGAAAACCCCGAGUGUGACGGUGUCCUGGACUGCGGGGACGGCUCCGACGAGCGCGGCUGCAACUGUGGCGUGAUCAGUGCCCUGGGCACCAGCAGGAUCGUGGGGGGCAGCACGGCAGCCCGGGGGGAGUGGCCCUGGCAGGUCAGCCUCUGGCUGCGGCGCAAGGAGCACAAGUGUGGGGCCGUGCUCAUCGCCGAGCGCUGGCUGCUCUCCGCCGCCCACUGCUUCGACAUUUACAGUGACCCCAAAAUGUGGGUGGCCUUUCUAGGAACACCCUUCCUGAACGGCAUCGAUGGCAAAAUGGAGAAGAUAUUCCGCAUCUACAAGCACCCCUUCUACAACAUCUACAGCCUGGACUACGACGUGGCCCUGCUGGAGCUGGCCCUGCCCGUCCAGUUCAGCAGCACCAUCACACCCAUAUGUCUCCCAGACAAUUCCCACAUCUUCCCUGAAGGAGCCAGAUGCUUCAUCACAGGCUGGGGCUCCACGAAGGAAGGAGGUCUGAUGUCGAAGCAGCUGCAGAAAGCAGCAGUGAACAUGAUCGGAGACCAGGCCUGCAAAAAGUUCUACCCCGUGCAGAUCAGCAGCAGGAUGAUGUGUGCUGGCUUCCCCCAGGGCACAGUCGACAGCUGUUCGGGCGAUGCAGGUGGGCCCCUGGCAUGUCAAGAACCCUCAGGGAAGUGGUUUCUAGCAGGAAUCACAAGCUGGGGCUAUGGCUGUGCCAGGCCAUAUUUCCCUGGUGUCUACACCAAAGUCACAGCUGUGCAGGGCUGGAUUGCACAGCACCUCAAGCUCUGAAGCUGCAUCUCACCACUCAGGGAAGGCGACGACUGAGAGGCGUAAGCAGAGGAGGCAGCACCCCCUCAGCUGCCCCACGCUGCUCUCUGGGGCUGCAGGGUGGGGGAAGGUGGCCUGCAGGUCUUAGGCAGAUGCCAGCGUUGUGACCCACUGCAGCUGUGACACCAGGACUUUUGACAAGUGCUUUGUAUAGAAAGGUGCAGUUCUAGACAUUUUCUAUAAAUAAAUGAGGC